AUGUCUGCCUCUGCUGGGGUGAGUCUAAUAUAUUCUUUUCAUUCCGUCUGGAACUGCUACCCCUUUCGGAAUCUGGUACAAAUAACUGGUCGUACUUUGAAGAUGUUAAAGGGUUUCUCUGGAGAAUAUGUCAGCGAAUUGCUGGACGCUAACUGGGAAAAAGAAGGCAAAGAAGCAAUAGCUUCUGCCGCGUCUCUACUGAAAUUUCACGUCAAAGACCCUGACGCUAACCAGAACAUCGAUCUCGACGAGAAUUUUUUGGAGACAAAUACCAACAUUUGUAUCAAGAUUUGGAAUCAACAGGAGGAAUCCAAUCAUCGUUCCGCUACCAGAUGA